CAAUCAAAAGGCCCUGUUUCCCGGUUCACGGAAAAACACUGGCCACCAUCGCCACUGUGUGGAGUUCCUACCGUCUCAGGAACGGGAGUCCUUAAGCCACCAGGGACCGAGGAUGGAGGAGACCCUAUCCGCAGCGCCUGGUGCCAGGACCGGGAGAACAGAGGUCAGCAAACGAUGGCACGUGGACUGCAGAGCCUAAACGAAGAGUUUGCCAAGCCCUGUUGCCGAGUAUAAGACACGGCGGUGGUUCUAUGUCAACGAAGCGUUAAGAGACAUGAGGUUGGAAGGGGCCGGCUUCAGGAGGAUCAUGGGAAACCACCUUGACCUUCUCUUGGGAGUGGUGCUCCUGGCCAGCCCUGCGCUUGGGAUGUCUUCCUGCUCCUCGGAUGGCCGCGUCGCCUUGUAUCGUUUCUGUAACCUCACCCGGGUCCCCCAGGUCCCCGGCACCACUGAGCGCCUCCUGCUGAGCUUCAACUAUAUCCAGACCGUCACAGCCGCGUCCUUCCCCUUCCUGGAGCGGCUGGAGCUGCUGGAGCUUGGGACUCAGUUUACCUCCUUCACCGUUGACCAAGAAGCCUUCAGGAACCUGCCCAACCUCAGGAUCUUGGACUUGGGCAAAAGUACGAUAGGCUUCUUGCAUCCGGAUGCCUUUCAAGGGCUGCCCCGUCUGUUUGAACUCCGGCUCUUUUACUGUGGCCUCUCCGAUGCUGUGUUAAAAGACGGUUAUUUCAGAAACUUGCCGUCUUUGAAUCGCCUGGACCUGUCCAAGAAUGAGAUCCAUAGCCUUUCCCUUCACCCUUCGUUCCAGGAAUUAAAUUCCUUGAAGUCCAUUGACUUCUCCCUCAACGACAUACCCAUUGUAUGUGAGCAUGACCUCCAGCCCCUCCAAGGGAAAGAAUUCUCUUUUUUAGGGCUUGCGGCCAAUAACCUGUACUCCAGGGUCUCCGUGGACUGGGGGAAGUGCAGGAACCCGUUCAGAAACAUGGUCCUAGACACCCUAGAUGUUUCUAAGAAUGGCUGGACCGUGGACAUCAUCAGAAACUUUACCAGCGCCAUCAACGGCACCCAGAUCCUCUCUUUGGUUCUUGCCCGUCACACCAUGGGCCCUGGGUUUGGCUUCCAAAACAUCAAAGAUCCCGACCGGCACACCUUCGCGGGCCUGGCCCGAAGUUCACUGAGACGCCUGGACCUUUCACACGGCUUCAUCUUCACCCUGGGCUUCCGCCUCUUUGAGGCCCUCCGGGAGUUGAGGGUCCUGAACAUUGCCCACAACAAGAUAAACACGAUUGCACGGGAGGCAUUUUAUGGGCUCGACAACCUCCAGGUUCUCAAUAUGUCCUUUAACCUUCUGGGGGAACUGUACAUCCCCAACUUCUAUGGGCUACCUAACGUCGCCUAUAUCGAUCUGCAAAAGAAUCACAUUGGGAUCAUUCAGGACGAGACAUUCCGAUCCCUGCAGAGACUGCAGACCCUGGACCUGCGGGACAACGCUCUGAAGACGAUUCACUUCAUCCCAAGCAUCCCUACCCUCUUCUUGGGUGGCAACAAACUGGUGACGUUGCCAAACACCAGAUUCACAGCCAGCUUCGUCCAGUUGUCAGAGAACAGGCUGGAAAGGGUGGAUGAGCUCUACUUCCUCUUCCAGAUCCCUCACCUCCAGGUUCUCGUUUUAAAUCAAAACCGCCUUUCCUUGUGUGCCUCGUCGCCGUCUCCUGGCCCUUCCGGGAACCUCAGCUUAGAGCAGCUUUUCCUCGGAGAAAAUAUGCUGCAGCUCGCCUGGGAGACCGGGUCCUGCUGGGAUGUCUUCAAGGGCCUUGCCCGCCUCCGACUCCUCUACUUGAACAACAACUACCUGAAUUUCCUCCCGCCAGGCGUGUUGAGCCAUCUGGUUGCCUUAAGGGUCCUCAGCCUCAACGGCAACAGGCUGACCGCUCUCUCUCCCGGUGACUUGCCCCCUCGCUUAGAGGUGCUGGACGUGUCCAGGAACCAGCUCCUCUCUCCCGACCCCGAGGUCUUCGCAUCCCUCAGUGUCCUGGACGCCACUCACAACAAGUUCAUCUGUGAGUGUGAACUUGGCCCUUUCAUCAGGUGGCUCAAUCAGACCAACGUCACCCUAUUUGGGGCUCCUGCAGACAUGUCCUGCUCGUACCCCAGCCCCCUGCUCGGGAUGUCCCUCUACUCCCUGACCACGGAGGGUUGCGACGAAGAGGAGAGACUCACGGCCCUCAGGUUCGCCCUUUUCGUCUUGUUCACCGUCACGGUGAUGCUGUUGCUCGUGGCCGUCUUCAUCUUCACGAAGUGCCGGGGGUCUUGCUUCCUCUGUUACCAGACGGUCCGGGGACUUGUGUUCGAGGACCAAGCCAAGACCAGAGAGCCCGACACGUACAAGUACGACGCCUACCUGUGCUUCAGCAGCAAAGACUUUGAAUGGGUCCAGAACGCGUUGCUGGCACAGCUGGACGCUCAGUACAGCGCCCAAAACAGGCUCCGCCUGUGCUUUGAAGAGAGAGACUUCAUGCCGGGGGAAGACGUCAUCGCCAACAUCCACGAUGCCGUGUGGAGCAGCAGGAAGGUCGUCUGUCUCGUGAGCAGACACUUCCUGAGAGACGGGUGGUGCCUGGAGGCCUUCAGCUGCGCCCAGAGCAGGGGCCUGGCGGACCUCAACGGCGCGCUCAUCGUGGUGGUGGUCGGGUCCUUGUCCCAGUACCAGCUCAUGAAGCACCAGGCCCUGCGAGCGUUUGUCCAGAAGCAGCAGUACCUGAGGUGGCCCGAGGACCUCCAGGAUGUUGGCUGGUUUCUUAACAAACUCUCCCAACACAUACUUCAAAAGGAGAAGAAGAAAGACGGCGACAAAGACGGCGACAUUCCGCUGCAGACGAUAGCCACCCUCUCCUAGGCCCAGGAGCAGGACCCUUCGACUGCCCUCGCGGAUCGCCCUUCACCUUGUAUUUGCACCGAGUCUCCAUGGGGGGUCCUUUUGGAGGUUCCUUUUCCCCCGACUCUGAAAAAAAACAUAAAGCUCUUGAUUUUCAUAGCGACACGAACUGCAAAUGGAAAGGAGCAGAUCUAGAAGCUCCCAGCUGCUCCCAGAGGUCCCCACGCUCCACCAAUGUCCUGUCGGACUCAAUAAUACCGUUCUCUCCUGUUGUGUCAACCGCAAGGUAUUUCUUAGUCGUGGGAAGGACACCUUGAGAGAAGUGACAGCCGACGGACACCCUUCCUCCAGCGUUCAGUUCCAGGAGGGGCGGGCCAAUGACUCGGAGCCCUCUGUGCUCUGCGGGACAACGCUAGGUAGAAAAGAAACAGAAACAGAGGCGCGUUUCCUGCUUCCACCGUGCGAACAGUGCCCUUGCUGGGUCAAGGUCACACUCAGUCUCGGGGAGAAGUGGCCCCAAAGAAGCCGGGAUGAGAAUAACUAGAGCUCCUGUGGCCACAGCUCUCUUCCUGUCCUUACCUUCAGCCCCUCCAGGCGGAACGUGGGCCUUGAACUUCCUGUUGGCAGGAGUCGCUGCAUACAGGCCACAGCGAAGGUGAGCCGUGCCGCGUGGAGACGUGGGUGCCAGCUGGCCAGCAGAGAUGCUACUUGCUAAGCAGCUGCCCCUGAAUUCCACUUACCAACACUUCCAAGUGGGUGAGUUGAUAAACCCCACAGAGCGCGGUCCUUUGGCGUCGCUGCUAAAUAGGAGGAACCACCGCAGCUCAGCCCACGAGUGGCGAGCGCUGGCUGUGUUUGAAAUGGAGACGGUUCUGGAAAGUCUAGAAUGUUGGUUGGGGCUGCUGUAAACUUCAGAGAGAAUCCCGCUCAUCACCCCCAAAAUACAGCUGACUUUGAACAUGUCUUAUCAACCAUUUGAACCCGCAGGGACUAGUAUUCCAGACGGGCCGGAAGGAAUGUAAAGUAAACGUGGUUGGACGUUUGAAAUGAUGAAAUAACUCUCUCUGGAGGAUAGGAGAAGACGAAGCCCAGGCGUAAG